AUGUCACAUUUAUAUGAGCAAGUAUAUAAAAAAAGAAAAUACUAUGAUAGGGCAUUAUGUAAUGAUUAUGAAGAUUGGUUAAAUAAAAUACAAUAUUCUAAAACUGUUUACAUCGGGAACUUAUCCAUUUAUACAACAGAGCAGCAAAUAUACGAGCAUAUGAAUAAAGCUGGAGACGUCGAAAACAUAAUAAUGGGAUUGCAUAGAACUGAAAAAUCGCCCUGUGGUUUUUGUUUUGUAGUAUAUAAAAAAAAAGAAGGAGCAACACAAUCUGUUAACUUUCUUAACAAUUCAAUAUUAGAUGGGAGGAUAAUAAGAGUAGAUGAGGAUUUAGGAGUAAUAGGGAAACGAAAAUAUGGACGAGGUAAAACGGGUGUUCAAAAAAGAGAUGAAAGAAAUAAACAUUUUGAUGAAGAUAGACCAGUAGUACUUGAUAACUUAGCACAACAUUUAAUUACAAAAAAAAGAAAAAUUAAUAAUAAUAGUUAUCAUUAUUCAAAUGUGUACAAUAUAUAUCAUCCAUAUGAAAGAAAUGUCAAACCAAGAAUUUUAACAAAUAAUAAUUUUUAUCCAAAUAAUUAUCAAAAUUCCAAAUCUGUAAAUUUAAAACCUGUUGUAACAUUAUACCCAAAUGUUCAACACUUAAUGACAUACAAUAGAAAUAAAAACAACAAUCCAUAUAAUUAUAAUUAUAAAAAAGAUAGAAAACCCAACAUGUGA